CGAGCAGGAACAGAUUCCAUAACAAGUCAUACCACUGCCGCCAUUGUGCCCACCCCCAGCCCCGGGGCACUGCUUGCGCUACAAAACAGAACACCCGAAGAAAAAUACCCUACCGCAACACGCACCGCACCGCACCGCUUCGCUGCCACCGAAACGAGAUGGAGGAACCUCUCCGGUCGCCGACCAAGCGGUACCACCCCCCCCCGUUCCGGGCGCUCGUUCUCUUCGCCUCUCGUGCGUUCCUGGUGCUCUCCGCGGCCCUCGCGGCCGCCGCGCACGCGGAUCACAUCCGGUGCGGGGUCUAUCUGGCGCCCUCCUCGAUCCCGGGCGCCGGUCUCGGCAUGUACGUCGGAAACAAGACCGUCGCAGAAGGUGCCGUCGUGACGGGAGAGGACGUCCUGGUCCCCAUCGUCGAGCGGUCGUGGCACAGCGCGCCGCACCUGCAGGAGAAGAGGCGGUUUUUGUGGGACGAGUACAUCUGGAACGCCGACGUCUUUCCGUUUACGGACGGAGAAAUCGGAUGGGACCUGAUGGAGGAAAUGGUCAUGGCGUCCCCCGGGGUCGGGUCCGCCGCCAAUUCCUACCUGUCGAUGGUCAACGUGGAGGACGAUGUCGUUCGGGUGGGCCGGGCGGGCCUGCCAAGGGACUCCCCCGGCCAGGGGGCCUUUACGAUCUACCACGGCCGGUCCUUUCGCGCGCAGAGACCGAUGGAACCGGGCCAGGAACUAUUUGUCGAGUGAGUGUCGAUUUGUGUGGUUGCUGCUGUUGUUCCCACGGUUUGCUUUUUGGGAUCGGUCCCACCAGCGCUGCAUUCGUUAUCGAGAAGAAACGAAAACGAAAACAAAAGCGGAACGCGUCCCUGUAUCGAAUCCGUCUCUCACGUUCAUCUCCCUUCUCUCUUCGUUGAUGUGACGGAUGAUUUUCAGUUAUGGAGAAGAAUACUUUACAAGUCGAGAACGUGUUGUAAGCUUUCGAUCGAUGCUGUUAUUGGUACUCUCUGUGCUACAAGGAAAUUUCUCAUUUUUCAGUUUCACUUUUGCAUUCUCGCAUCGGACCAUUUUCCUUUCUUCGCAUGGACACGAAUGUCACAAAAUGUACAAACACUGCUGGAUCCCUAUUUCGUUCGUUUCGUUUUGCUUCCUCCUUUCUGUUGAAAUUUCUGUGACGUCGUAUAUUCGCUGUGUUUCGUGGUGGCACAGUAUGGAUUUUUGCCGAUGCCGGAAGAUUUCCACGCAGCCGAUCGGAUACUCCAGGCUGCCCUCAAUCUCACCAUCCGCAACGAUCGCAUUGCUGCCGCAGCCGACGACGAAGAUGACUCGGACAAAGACGACGACGAAACCCGAGUGAUGGUAUGGGAGGAUCUGUACGGCCUGAUGCAAGAGAUAUCUACCAACUUGGUGGACGGAAAGUCUCGCGUACUGAACGCCUUUCCCUCCGAUUCGUUUGCCGUGGAAGACCUUCUCGAGAAUGGAGGGACCGGUCGGCAGGACCACAAUCGAUCCAUCCGGGACCUAGGAUGGCUAGAGAAGCACGGACAGUGCGCGGACAACAUCAACGCGGGAACGUCCACGAUUCCGGAUGCGGGCCGGGGGGCCUUUGCCACCCGUUUUAUUCCCAGCGGUGGACUUGUGUCGCCGGCUCCCCUGGUGCACGUCGAGGACCUCGAUACGAUGGCGAUGUUCACGGAACACAUAUACAACGAAGACGACAAGCUGGUGCCCAAUCGAAGCGGAAACUAUACCUGGCAGCUCAUGAUCAACUAUUGCUUUGCCCACGAGMAGUCCACUCUGCUACUGUGCCCCUAUGGACUUUUGUCGUCCCUCAUCAACCACUCGCCCGGCAAGAACGCCAACACCCGCAUCCAAUGGAGCGAAAAACACCGCAUGCGGCACCCGGAAUGGUUGGGUCAGCCCAUCGAAAAAUGGGUCGGAGAAUACCACACGGGAUUGCAGAUCGAUUUCGUGGCCACCCGCGACAUCGAGGAGGGAGAAGAGGUGUUGAUCGAUUACGGGCCGCUAUGGCAAGCGGCAUGGGACAAACACACUGCUGCCUUUGAAUUUCGGAAGCACAGAUCCGAGCACUACCUACCUUCUUACGAACUCAACGAGCUCCUACUUGCGGAAGAAGGCGAUCCAUCGGUUCCGCUGCGCACAGAAGACGAUCGGGAUUACCGGUUGGACGGAGUCCAGCUGUACUGCCACGGCUGGUAUGUUGCGAGACACGGGAUCGGAACGCGCAAGAUGGACGAGAAAACACCCAUGUGCAGCAUCAUCCGAAAGUUUGAUGGCGAUUCCUAUUUGGUCCGAAUCAUUGACUGGUACAACGACGAGGAUGACCGCACGACCAAAUACGAGGAAGACGGUACUGUGUGGGGGCUUCCACGGCGUGCCUUUGUUUUCGACGACCUACCCUAUUUCCGAGACAUUCACCAGGAAUGGGCCUUUCGCCACCCGAUGAUUAUACCAAACGAUAUGUUCCCCAAGGUUUGGAAAAAUGCCAACUACGCAAGCGAGGACCGUGAAUUUUUGGAAUACGUCGACAAAGCAGAUGGCAUGGAGGAGCACGAAGACUUUGAUGACGAAGAAGAAGAGAACGACGACUAUGACUAUGACGAAACGUUUGACGAUGACUACGACGAUGGGGACGAUGGCCAGCAGGAACUCCCUUCUUGAAACGACACAUUUUCGUGAAUCGAGUACAUUGUAGGAAAAGGAAAAAAAGUUUCAAUGAGAUUGUCGUACUCACCCCUCAUUACAUACCUAACGCGCGUAAAUGUUUUUACGUAUAGCUUUCAUAUCAAGAAUGCAGAGUGUAAUAUUUAAUCAGAGUUUCUAUCUAUUUCUGACCUUGAGUUAUUGAUUGUAACGCAUUUUUUGUGUGCCUAUCGGAGCAUGCAAAUUUUUCACUACCAGCACAAAAAGAACAAAAUCAUAGGCGAAUGUUCGGAGACUUUCGCCUGAAUUCUUUCAAAAAUGGCCCUCAUUGCAGCGGACAACUAGCGUCGGAAACGUUCAAGGGUAUGGACCGAUUUAGCACUCAGUGGUUGCUUCACAGCACGAUGCGAACCAGCACUAGGUGACUCAACAAACGCUUCAAUACAUAUCCUCGGGAUUCAUCGCAGAAUUCGCAUGUGAGGAUUCGGCAUCAAUCAUGUGGGUGUCGUUCAUGUCGCCAACGUCACCACGAGGGUUUGCCCUCGAGGCUGCAGGAGCGAAUGUUUCGUAAACAUUACCGGCAACGCACUCUUCAUCCUCGCUACUAUCUAAUAUUCCUGAGCGUUGAGACUGAUUGCAUCCCGGUCUGCUACUCUUUUGCGAUCGCAAGUGCUGUCUUCCGCCCAUGUUGCCCCGUUUGCCACCAAGAGAGCUCGCAUCGUUUGAAGCCAAGCCCAAGUCGUGUUCUAGACAGGCCAAGCGUACUAGCAUGGCGUGGGUAUCAUCCAAUAUCUUUUCCUCCAUUGCUUGGAGGUUGGGGGCUGGAUCGGUGAGGGCUUUGGUUUGGAAGAGAACCCCUUCACGGCAGUCCAACCUUGUAGUAGUAGGCAGCAAGUCCCGGUCUAUCAAGUCUGCCAGCAUAUCUAUAAGGGCGUCCAGGGUGCUUUCAUUGCCAUUGGUUGUUGGCGAUGACACUGGAAAGAACAAAUUCCUCAAUUCAUCGAGCUUCACUCUUUGAUAAGGUCGGAUAUAUUCAAUAAGGCAGGUUUCUCGAAUAGUUUGGACUAAUGCGUCCCAGCGGCAAGGCGUGAGGUACAGAUCCACGACCAUUCCCAUUGGUAGGAGGGGUUGAGACAACAAUGGUGCCAGAGACGACUGCGACGACUGUGAAAGACCUACUGCUGAACUCAUCGAGAAGGCUCGCAUACAAGGUGCAUAGUUAGCCCUAGACCAAUGCACCAAAAGUUCCUUGACCGAUGGAACCAAUUCCAAUGCAUCAGGAUGAUCGGCCAGGGCUAUCAUCUUCGAUCUAUCUCUGGUAACGAGGCACAUUAGACCGGCAUACAGUGCCACAUCCUCUGGGGCCGUUACACCCGGCCAGUGCAGCGUGUGACAUGCGUCGCUGUCACUGUUUUCUUGAUAAUGGUGAUUGUUUUCGUUGCUCACAUUGUUUGACCCUAUGCCUCCAUCGGACUCCUUCAUGACGAGUGCCACCAAAACAUUGGCGGCUGUUUGGUAAUCUCCAGAUACCAUUCGUUCGAUGCCCUUGGCGAGUUGAACCUUUACACCGAUAUCCCGCAGGAUUGCAUCUUGGUUCGGAUCUUGAUUCUUAUCGAUUCUAUUGUUGCGACUGAUGGUGGAGCUAACGCCAACCUUUUCMUUAAGAGAAUGCAACGUUGAUUCCACGCGUCCCGUGUAUUCUCUUACCAUGAAGUAAUCUCCGGCGUUGAGGGCAGAUUCAAUUAUAAGUA